UAUAAAAGCAUCGUCAUCCCGGGCCAGGACCCGGAGAGUACACACAACCCAGACAGACGUAGCAGGACUCUGAUCUCGAUCGUUACGUAUACCUUAGUCGCUCUGCCUCCUCGAGUCAACCGUGCGUAUCUAUACACACUUACACACGCUUGAUAUAUAAGACGUCUUAGCUUCGUCAACCCAUAUUACCAAACCAAACCAUCGACUAUGGCGGCUACCUACCAAGCCGACACCUCCCCGAUCGUUGACACUUUCGCCGACGAGCAGCUGCAGGCGGAGCGCACGGUGUCGCGGGACUACACCGCGACUGACGAGUGGGACGCGUCCAAGACGCCGCCGAGCCGGUUCCAGAAGCGCAAGGGCAGCAUCUACGCGACGCCGUCGUCGCGGGACGGGCACGUGGAGCGGAACCGGGACGCGGUCGAGGAGUUCCACCGGGCGUACUCGAAGCUCUGGUCCGCCGGCGGCGCCACCGGCCACCGGCGCAACAGCAGCGGCGGCAGCAGCAGCGGCGGCGGCGGCGGCAUCAUCUUCGGCAUGGGCGGCAUGGGCAGCAUGAGCAUGACGGGCAAGGACGGGGCUAAGGGCGGCCAAUGAGUGUGGCACCGGCGGCGAAGAUAGGUAGAUGUAAAUAUGUGACUCCGUAGGCUACACUAAUGAGGCGUUGUACGGAACUACGGUGGAUCAAAACGCCAGAGCCCUGGUGCCCUACCCGUGUAGCGAUUUACCUGAUUUACAGGGUCUAUUUCCACAUUUGCUUCAUCCAAGCACUCUGCAUUGAAAUUAUUCACUACCUAGAUAGUAGAAGUAAUGGACGGG